ACAGGGCCACAGUCUACCUGCCUGAGGAGACUGUCACACACACCUCCAGCAGAGAAAAGAUGAAUCUUCAAGUCCUGCCCUCCAUCCUGCUGCUCGUUUCUGCUGUGCAUGCCUUCCAGUACUCUGAGCUGGCGCAGUAUGUCGACAACCACCAAGAAGACUAUGUGGAGACGCUGAGGGAAUGGGUUGCAAUUGAAAGUGACUCCAGCAACGUCCAGAAGAGACCAGAGCUUCACCGUAUGAUGGAGACGGUGGCUCAGAAACUCCGGCUGUUAGGAGGGACCGUGGAGCUAGUGAAUGUCGGCAAACAAGAACUUCCUGAUGGCCAGACGUUAGAGUUGCCUAAAGUGGUGACUGCUCAGUUUGGCAGUGACCCCAGCAAGCACACAGUGUGCAUCUACGGCCACGUGGAUGUCCAGCCAGCGAAGCUUGAGGACGGCUGGGCAACAGAUCCGUACAACCUGACUGAGAUCAAUGGCAAUCUGUAUGGACGAGGAGCGUCAGACAACAAGGCCCCAGUGUUAGCCUGGAUCCAUGCUGUGGAGGCUUACCAAGCUCUCAGUAUGGAUCUGCCGGUGAAUGUGAAAUUUGUGAUCGAGGGGAUGGAAGAGACGGGCUCUAAUGGCCUGGAUGCCAUGAUCCUGGCCCAGAGAGACACCUUCUUCUCAGACGUGGACUACAUCAUCAUCUCAGACUGCGGCUGGCUCAGCAGACAACCCGCCCUCACCUACGGCACCAGAGGCAACUGCUACUUCUUUGCUGAGGUUGAAGGACCGAAGCAGGACUUGCAUUCUGGUGUUUAUGGAGGGACUGUGAUUGAACCAAUGAGCGACCUGAUUGGAAUCCUCGACACACUGAUCAGCCCCAGUGGAAAGAUCCUGAUUCCUGGGAUCAGGGAGGCUGUAGCUCCCCUCUCUGAUGAAGAGUGGAGGCUGUACCAGGAUAUCCAGUUUGACCUGGACGACUACAAGAAUAAGAUCGGCAUCAGCCAGCUCAUGUACAACAAUAAGGUGGACUUGCUAGCUCACAGGUGGCGCUGGCCCACUGUCUCCAUCCACGGCAUUGAGGGGGCCUUUUCAGACCCCGGCACCAAGACUGUCAUCCCUGCUAAGGUUACUGCUAAGUUCUCAAUCAGACAGGUUCCUGACAUGGACCCCGCCAUUGUCAAGAAACAGGUGACAGACUACCUUCACUCAGUGUUUGCCAAAAGAAAGAGUCCCAACAAGCUGAAAGUCACUAUGGUGAUAGGGGCCAAGCCUUGGCUGGCUGUCAUUCAGCAUCCGCUCUAUGAGGCUGGAAAGGCUGCUGUUAAGAGAGUUUUCAGUGUGGAUCCUGACCUGAUCCGUGAGGGUGGCACGAUCCCCAUUGCCAGGACCUUCCAGGAUGUGACGGCAAAAAGUAUCAUCAUGUUGCCCAUCGGAGGCUUUGAUGAUGGUCUGCACUCCCAGAACGAGAAAAUGAGCAGGUACAACUAUAUCGAGGGAACCAAGUUAUUCAUCGCCUACCUGAACGAAGUGUCCCAGAUCAAAACGACUAGUGUGUGAUAUUUUAUGAUCACAUGACCUCAUCAGAAAGGUUCCAGCUACAGAAAAUUGUGCUUUGAUAUUUCAACUCUAUCUAUCUAUCUAUCUAUCUAUCUAUCUAUCUAUCUAUCUAUCUAUCUAUCUAUCUAUCUAUCUAUCUAUCUAUCUAUCUAUCUAUCUAUCUAUCUAUCUAUCUAUCUAUCUAUCUAUCUAUCUAUCUAUCUAUCUAUCUAUCUAUCCAUCCCUCUGUGCCAUUUUUCCUGUUCAUAUACUACUGUGUGUACAUGUGUGUGUGUGCCAUGUAGUAAAAGCUGUACAAUGCAA